GUCCAAUGCAUAUCCGUAUAUGCGGAGAGGGAAGGGUAGGCGAACAUUAAACCACAACUCUCACAGCUUUAGGGUUCUUCCCCAACAUCUCUCCUUCCCCCACACAGAUAGAAAGAUUUCGUUAACAGGCACAAUAAGAACCGUCUCUUUCAAUCUCGUCAUCGAUUCAAUGCCUGCAAAUUCAUCUACCUUUUCGUCUGCUCAAAACCCUAAACAGUCCGAAAAAGCUCCCUUUCUCUGCAGAGAGGUGGGCGAUUUCGGCUUUGCCUCAAUAAUCCAGUCUUCGAAUUGGUUAAUCUUUCUCAAUAGAGAAUCUGCACGACCCAUAUUGUCCUAAGGCUCUGAAAUUCCGUUGUUCAUGGCGCCCAGUCGCAGAAGAGGCAAAGCUUCUGCUGCCGCCGCUCGACGGCAGUGGAAAGUUGGGGAUCUUGUUCUCGCCAAGGUGAAAGGCUUUCCUGCUUGGCCUGCGACGGUAAGUGAACCGGAGAAAUGGGGCUAUUCAACGGACUGGAAGAAAGUGCUUGUUUACUUUUUUGGAACGAAACAGAUUUUCUGUUAUGUAAGCUAUAGACCCAUUUUUAGUAUGGCGUUUCAAUCAAAAAGUGUUGAACCCCAAGGCUUUUUCUGGAAUGUGCUCCAAUGGAUGCUGUCUACGUCCUUGGUAAUGUUAUUACUCUCAUUGAUGUUGUCAGUGUUCCUCCUACUUCAUUACUUGCUCAGUACUCUACAUCGUCCUCUAGACUGGCUAUUAUGAGCCGAAACAAGCUUAGACGAUUUUUCUGCUUUGUACUCUUCAUAGUUAGCAUUUUUUUCUUCAUUUGCUUCUCCUCUUUGUUGUUCUUGGGUUACAUCUGUCUGCUGUGAAAACCGUAUAUAAGGAAAAAAUUCAGGUAAAACCACUUUUUUUCUGUACUGGUUUUACCUGAAAAUUCACCUUUUUAUGUGGAUUAUAUGGGGAAACCGUAGCCUCAACAAUAAAAGCCAACUAUACUAACUAAGAAUUAGCAUGCGCUGACUCUAGUUUGGGUGAUGGAAAUAUGUCAUCAAAUCACUGGAUUUUCUUUAUUUUCUUGUCUAGAUGAGAUAGGGUUGGGGCUUGAAUGUUGAUCUUGUUGACAUCUCUGGCCAAUGAAGCUGCAUGACAAUUACAUUAAGAAGCUAGGAGGGGGGAAUUGUGAAACCAAUCAAUCCUACAGUGAUACUCUGUCAGACUGCUCUGCCAAUGGCCGUGCUAUUAUCCUUUACAUGCCAUGCUUGGGAUGAUGUAUUUUAGUUCCUAUUGUGAUGUUACCUAGUUAGGCACAUAAGCGAUGGAACAAAGAACAGACAACUGAGAGAACCAUAGACAGAAGUAUUGAGUGUGAAUGUUUUAUAGGCUACAUGUCCAUUAUAGUCUUUUGGAGUAAAAUUAAGCAGAUUAACUGAUUCAUUUUCUGACAACAAUUCCAGAACUCAAAAUGUUCAAAAAACAUUUUAUAAGGUUAAGGUUCGGAAUGUUUUGAGAUGGAACAUCUUAUAUGAGAUCAUAUAUGGGUUAUGGGUGUGGGUGUUGGUGUAGCAAUGCGGCACGGUCAUGACAUGCAAACUCUAUUGUCUCCAAGAGUCCCAAGUUUUAAGAAGUUGUAGAAACCAAGAUAUUUCCGAUUUCGAUCGAAACCUUAUUGAUUUUCGGCCGAAAUCCUGCAGAAGUCGGUGGUUGGUUUCAUUUGACCAUUUUGGUGGUUAAACGACCAUAUUUUGGGUUGAAAUUUGGCAGAGACCCUAAUUAAGCAUCCCUAACACAAUGAAACCUUUAGAUCAUUGAAAAAGACAUGCAAUUUGAUAGAUUUGUUUCAUACCCUAGGUGCACAUUGCUUAUAUAAUUCUCAAAGAUAGCCAAUGUUUCACGUGAUUUAGUAGUAUAAUAUACAAAAUAUAGUGAAACCAAUUAAAAUAUGCAAUUGUGGCAAAUAGAGAAAAUCAUUUAAUAUUAUUAAAAUUUUAGACAUUUUAUACCAUAAGUGUAUAGGCACUGAUUUCACAUCAGAGGUGCAAAUAAGCAAAAGUUCCUUGCCUUUCUUUAUAGUCUUCGACUUUAUGUCAAUACCACAUAGAGUUUCGAGCAGGCUUAAAAGAUGAUGAAUAUUGCUGCCGUUGACGAAUUCGUUCUGUCAACUUGAUCACAAAAGAUGACCAUGUCAUGGUAUGUUGGAAGAAAUGCUCAAAGUCUGUCACAAAAACAUGAUAUGUCUCAUAAUCCACAGGCACUAGGUUCCCCAACCUCAAAUAUGGAUCACCGGGUUGGAAAGAUGAUGCAAACAUUCCUCCAUUGUAGUUGCUUAGUUGGCCAGACUGAUAGGGUUGGGAGGGGCUUGGGAAGGAGAAGAUGCUAUCCACGAAAGAUGCUACACCCUGUGACUAUUCAUCAUCAGUAGUGCAUAAUGAAGAUGAUGAGGAGCCAUGCUGAUCCAACUCACCACAACCACCAUACUUGAUGUUGGAUGUGUCUGUGGGAAAUGAUGGUGUAUGUCAUUGUCCUAGUUGCCUGAACCCACUAUAGUCACUAUUACCCUCUAUCUUGAGGCCUCCAAGUGUGUUGAGCAAGGAAGAAACAUUUGUUCUUCAUGUCAACCUUGUCAUGCUCCUUUUUUGGUCCCCACUUGUGGUGUGGGCCUCUGCCCGUUGGUACAACUUGCACAUGUGGGGGCACGUACAACAUGGUCGACGUCCUGGGUAGCAUGAUCAAACUCUCUGCUCUGAAUUGGAUAGGCUCUGGCUCCACCUCUACUUGGUUAUACUCAUCUUAGAGGCUUCCAUAUUUAUCUCCAUCUUUGUUAUCAGUACCACCACCAUUGUCAUCGUCACCCCCACCAUUAGAGGACGACAAUGUGCGAGUGUGGCCAUUGGAUUGUGACUAGUCAAUGUCCUCAUCAUCCUUUCCAUGUUGGGACUCAAAAGGUUGGGGUGCUUGUGUAUGGACUUGACCCUUCUGAGAAGGCACUGACUCUCUAACAUUGGCCCCAUCUGUCUAUUAAUCUUAGGGUUGAGCCUACCACUCGCCUGAUCCAUCAUCGGAUCACCUUGGUUGCUCACUCACUCGUGCUGAUGUUAGUUGCAGAUGACUUGUACAAGCUUGCAACAAGUUGGUCCACCAAGAGUUGGCAAGUGGAAUGGCCAAAGUCAAGCAAAAAAUCCAAGUUUUGAGUUGAAACACCACUCUCGGUUGAAACCUGUCGAAGCGAGGUAGAAAUAGGUUGGAACACUACUCGUUUCGAACGAAACUAAUACUUUGUGAUAUGGGUCUGUAACGUUUCGAUGAAACAAAGAAAAUGACCAAAACUUGUUGAGAUUUUGACUGAGGCAUGAAAGUUUCGGUUGAAACUUGGUAUGCCUUGUGAGAAAGGUUCAACAUAUUGGGUUUCGACCUUGGUUGAGAUUGAAAUUUCGAGGAAACCAGGGAAGUUUCCUUGCAAUGGUGGAAAUUUUGGUUUUGACCCCUUAAUUAUCCUUUCUUUUUGUCUGAUUUUUUUUGUACGUUCCUAUUUUUGACAUUUUUAACCCAUUCAAAUAAUUAGUUUCAUGAAAAAAAAAAAACACCUAAAGGCAUAUUUGUGGUGUUGACCCAAGUUUGCUACUGUACGUUGACUGAAACUGUAUUGUAUAGGUAUGGUACUAACUAAAAACGUGAAAUACAUGAUUGAAAGUUUAAACAAACAAAACGUAAUGUAAAUGAUCCAAAAAAAAUAAUAAUAUUACAUAAUGGUGAAUUAUCUUUCAACA